CUCGCCCAGAUUGCUGCUGCUGCUACUGCUGCAAGCUCUUCCCUGCUGCCAUGGACGCUGAGCUGACGUGCGGCGUGUGUUCGGAGACCUACGCCCCGGGAGCCCACGACCCGGUCCUGCUGCCUGGCUGCGGCCACGCCUUCUGCAGGCAGUGCCUCCUCAUCCUGGAGAAGACUGCCUCUGCCCCUCUCUCCUGCCCCUACUGUAGGGUCCCUCACGACGGCGCUCCCGUCUCCCAGCUGGCUGUGGUCUUCGCUCUUCUAAACCUGACCAAGAACUUCAUUAAAUCUAAGCACGGCAUAUGUUCCAGUCACAGCUCCGUAAUAGAGUUCUGGUGUCAUGAGUGUGAGGUGGUGGCGUGCGGUCACUGUCUCCUUGAUGCUCAACACCUCACUCAUCACGCCACCAUCACUUCCGUCGACCACGUUCUACGGGAGACGAAGGCCCAGGCUAUCGACGCCGGUCGUACAAAACUUUCCUCCAUCAAUGAAGAAAAGUUGAAGUUGUUGGAGAGUCUUGAAAAGGGUAUCUUGGCUGUCUGUAAGAGCUGUGAAGAUACGAAGGCGCUCAGUGACUCCGCGAAGCAAACGGAAGAGUUGAUGGAAGAAGCCAAGAGCUCUCAAGAUAUGGAGUCUGCCCUCCGUGUCUUGAGGCUGCUGGAGAAUGACUUCGAAAGAAAAAUAUGCCACGACGAUAAUGAUAUGGUUCAUCACCCCGGCGACAAGACAAUGGACCUACCAGAAGAUAUGGACAGGAAAUCGCAAGAACACGAUGACACGCACAAGAACGAACAAGAACAAGGUGACAGCCACAGAGCCUCUCAAGAUCAGUCAUGUGCACCAAGACGAUCUUUAUCAGAUUGCAUGAGGACAACGGGCCCUGGAGACCUAUUGCAACGUCGGCAUCAACGUAACUUCAGCUCCGACGCCUCAAUUUCCGGAAGUGAAGGCACGAGCUUAGUACACACAGAGAGAACACCAACCUCGCCAGCUGAUUGCAGCACCUACCUCGCGCUUGGAGAGACAAACACCUCGAUAGUUAGAGUUUCACAUGCACCCAGCGCCGCUUGUGGGGACGAGAUUGAGGAACCUCGAAGUAUAACUUCUCACACUUCGAGAAACAGUGGAGAAAACUCAGCUGAAUGUAUAACUCUCGCUACAAAUGAGACAGAUCAGAGAACAGACACUUUCCAGGCGAGUGGAGGCAUAAAAUUCACAAGUUCCAGCCGCAAAUCGCUGCCACACAUUACUCCAGCAACUCUGAGACAUCUACACAACACUCCAGCAACUCUGAGACGUCUACACGACACUCCAACAACUCUGAGACGUCCUCACAACACUCCAACAACUCUGAGACGUCCUCACAACACUCCAACAACUCCACUCCAGAUAUCCUCCGGAAGUUCAGCUCCAUCCGGCUUCGCAGACCUGACGACGGAAGAAGUGUCUCAACUCCCAGCGGAGGAAGAGGGCAUCAUCCAUUGCCAUUUGGAGGACGUGAAGUGUACCGUGAAGAGUCAAGAUGGGAGGGAGGGCAGGAUGGAGUGGGAAGGAGGACGUUUACAUAUAUACUGCCUCACCAAGCAGCCUCUACAGUCUCCCUUCCUCACCGUACAGCUGUCGAUCGUGGAGUCGUUGCUGUCAGAAGGACCGGAAGUGUUCCUUGACCUUGGGGUCGGCGAGCGGCGUCUCGGGCGAGUGUACAUCCGUCUGUGGGGUCACCUUCGUCGAGCGAAGCACUUCCUGGCACUGGUGUUAGCCACCCACGGCCGCACUUACAAGGGUGCCACUUUCAGUAAAGUGGAGAGCAAAGACCGUCCAGGAGAGUGCCUCAGGGUCAGUCACUGUGUCACAGCCGAUUGUGGCUUGGGGUCAGAAGACUUGGGGUCGGGAGGCCUGGGGUCAGGAGGAGAGCCACUGGAGUGGGGCGGAGAGUACUCCAGAGCCAAGAGGACAGGGUUGGUGGUGUCUUCCAGCGGCGGGAAGAGCGAGUACGACGCCUGCUUCGACAUCUGCACCAGAAGCAACUCCGCCAAAAGGUUCUCCUGCCCCUUCGGAGAGGUGGUGGCCGGCCUCCAAGUGGUGACGGAGGCCACACGUCAUCAUCCAAUUUCUAGCGUCACCAUUAUUGACGCCGGGGCGGUUCUGAGUCACCAGCCAAGAUAUUAAUGAGGUAGUGACGUGACGUGUUCUCACAACAUGUCCGAGGAGUGAUAGUGGCACCUAGGUGGUCUGGCACAUCCUGUGGCCCUCACGACAUCCUCAGUGCCUCACUUACCACACUCCACCACACACG